GAGAUCGGUCUUUAUGUUGCUAAGAUCGGGGAUCGAUCUGCUUCUGCUACUGAGAUAAGGCUUCUGUGGAGUUACAUCCACUUUCAUCUUGCUUGCCAUCCCUUCUCUUCCCUUCUCGUUUCCCGUCCAAGAUGACCGGACUCUUUCCCUGCUGAUCAGAUCUGUUGGCGCUUCUUCCUUCGACCUCUCCCCCUUUGCAUCUCGCGUUAGAGCUUUCCACGCCGAUGCCUCCCGGAACCUUUAGUUGAUCCUUCUUGGAGCUAUGAUAAAGCUUUUUAAAAUUAAAGACCAAAAGCGGGAGGAUGCAGCAAAUUCGAGUGGAAGGGCUCCUGUCAAGAAGCAGAGUGCUGGAGAAUUGCGUCUUCACAAAGAUAUUAGUGAGCUUAAUCUGCCCAAAAGCACUGUCAUAUCAUUCCCAAAUGGCAAGGAUGAUCUGAUGAACUUUGAGAUCAGCAUAAGACCUGAUGAAGGAUACUAUCAAGGUGGUACAUUUGUUUUUACCUUUCAAGUAUCUCCUUCUUAUCCUCAUGAGCCACCAAAGGUCAAGUGCAAGACAAAGGUUUACCAUCCUAACAUUGACCUGGAGGGAAAUGUUUGCCUGAACAUUCUGCGUGAAGACUGGAAGCCUGUGCUUAACAUAAAUACUGUUAUUUAUGGGUUGAUUCUUCUUUUCAUGCAACCAAACGAUGAGGACCCACUAAAUCAUGAUGCAGCUGCAGUCCUACGUGACAACCCUAGGUUGUUUGAGACAAAUGUCAGAAGGGCAAUGGCUGGAGGAUACGUGGGUCAAAUCUACUUCCCCAGAUGCAUAUAACAGUGCUGUUAAAUGGCAGCUUGUAAUGUAUGGUAUGCAAGCUUUCAUGAUAUAAUACCUUGGAAACCAUGGAAUUGCCUAUGUGAAUUUUUUUACUUGUGCUGCUAAGUGUAAAACUCUGUUGAUAUUUAUGUUCAUUUCCUCUGCUGUGGUGUAAGUUGGUAAAUUUGGCCUCUCA